AUGAGCAGCACCUCAUCCCCCUUGGCAGCUGCCCAGCUCUGCUAUGAGAAUGUGAACGGGUCCUGUGUAAAAACUGCCUACUCGUCAGGACCCCGGGUGAUUCUGUACACGGUGUUUGGCUUUGGGGCUCUGCUGGCCAUGUUUGGAAACCUCCUGGUGAUGAUUUCCAUCCUUCACUUCAAGCAGCUGCACUCGCCAACCAAUUUUCUCAUCGCCUCUUUGGCUUGUGCUGACUUUCUGGUGGGAGUGACUGUGAUGCCCUUCAGCAUGGUCAGGACUGUGGAGAGCUGCUGGUACUUUGGGCAAAGUUUCUGCACUUUCCACACGUGCUGUGAUGUGGCAUUUUGUUACUCUUCUCUCUUCCACUUAUGCUUCAUCUCUAUCGACAGGUACAUUGCUGUUACAGACCCUCUGGUCUAUCCCACCAAGUUCACAGUGUCUGUGGCGGGGAUAAGCAUCAGCCUCUCCUGGGUCCUGCCCCUGACUUACAGCGGCGCCGUGUUCUACACAGGUGCCUCUAAUGAUGGGCUGGAGGAAUUAUCUAGCUCCCUCAACUGUGUCGGAGGUUGUCAGGCAGUUGUAAGUCAAAACUGGGUGUCGAUACAUUUUCUAUCCUUCUUUAUACCCACUCUUAUUAUGAUAAUUCUCUAUGGUAAUAUUUUUCUUGUCGCUAGACAACAAGCUAAAAAGAUUGAAAAUACUGGUAGCAAAACAGAAUCAUCAUCAGACAGUUAUAAAUCCAGAGUGGCCAAGAGAGAGAGAAAAGCAGCUAAAACCCUGGGUAUCACAGUCAUAGCAUUUAUGGUUUCAUGGUUACCAUAUAGUAUUGACUCAUUAAUUGAUGCCUUUAUGGGCUUCAUAACCCCUGCCUAUGUUUAUGAGAUUUGCUGUUGGUGUGCUUAUUAUAACUCAGCCAUGAACCCCUUGAUUUAUGCUUUGUUUUAUCCUUGGUUUAGAAAAGCCAUAAAAGUUAUUGUGAGUGGUCAAGUGUUCAAGAACAGUUCUGCAAACAUGAAUUUGUUCUCUGAACAAAUGUAA